AUGGCGGGCAAAACGGUCUCCACGCUGAAGUUCGUGGGGUCCAUCAGUUUGGGCUUGCUCACCGGCCUCUCGUAUACACUCAGUUCAUUGACAGUUCCGACACUCCUUACCCUUCCUUCCGCCACCAGCGCAUCCAAAGCCUUUUCCAACCUGACCACACUGUCCCUGGCCCAUCUCCGCACCUUAGCUGGAAUAUCUAGCGCUUCAUUUUUCAUCGCAUACGUGCUUUCUCCGCGAAGUCAGAAACAUCCAUACUUACUAUGGACUUCCCUCUUCGUCGCAGCAUCCGGAGUCACGGAUCUAGUGCUUCCGGCCACCAAGAAGACGGUGACAAGCGCCAGAACAACGAAACAGAAGCAAAGAAAAUCAAGACAGAUGGAUGCUAGCUAUGAGGUUCUGGGAGCAAGUGAUCGAGAGAGCGAAGCCAGCGGUGAGGAUAUAGAUGAAGAUGUAAAUGGAGAGGAAGUGCGAGAGGAGAUGGAAGGAUUCAUGUGGACACAGGUGAUCCGGACAUGCGUUGCCGGCACAGCCUUCGCCAUGAGUGUUGUUGGUAUUUGGGGAGACGGAGCUGCGGAUAUGGUGAUUAUUGAGAUGUGA